GUGGAUAGCAGAGCUCUUAUCUGCACUACAGCACAGUGGAUAGAAGAUUUCCUUCCUAUACUACACAGCACAGAGGAUAGCAGAAUUCCCUCCUGCAGUACAGCAUCCUGGCUAUCAGAGUUCCUUCCGACAAUAGCAGAGUACCUUCCUAUACUACAGCACAGUGGAGCAGUAAUGUGAUGCAGCACCCCGGACAGCAGAGCUUCACAGGCACUCCACACAGCAGAGCCACAUAAGGCAUUUCAGAACCUCGGACAGCCAGGAAAGAGAAGGCAUUUCAGCACCUUGGACAGCAAAGCUUCAUAGGAACUCCAUACAACCCCCCGACACAAGCAUUGUCAGCACCUUGGACAGCGCAGUAUUCCGGCAAUAGCUACAGCCAACAAAGAGAAGGCAUUUCAGCACCUUGGACAGCUGAGCUUCAUAGGCACUUCAUGCAAGCGACCCACAUAAGACAUUGAUUGCAGCCCCUUGGACAGAGGAGUUUUCCGACAAUAAGUGCAACAGAAUCACAGAGGGAAUUCGGACACCCUGGACAACUAAGAGUUACUGCACUUCAUGCAACUGAGCCACAUGAGGCAUUUCAGCACCUUGGAUAUGCAAAGCUUCAUAGGCAUCCUGUACAACAGUGCCAUAUAAGGCAUUUCAGAACCUUGGACUAGCAGAGUGUUCCGACAAUUGAUUCUCACAAGGCACCUUGGACAGUAGAGUGCAACGGACCCCACAAGGCACUUUGGACAGCUGAAGGUUGCAGGAGACCCACAUAAGGCAUUUCAGAACCUUGGACUAGCAGAGUGUUCCGACACUAAAUGCAAUUGAUUCUCACAAGGCACCUUGGACCCCACAAGGCAUUGUAGCACUUUGGACAGCUGAAGGUUGCAGGAGACCCACAUAAGGCAUUUCAGCACCUUGGAUCUUCAUACAACCCAUUAACAUGAGGUGUUUCAGUAUCUGAGUUCAAUAGGCACUCAAUACAAGCCAUCCUCACAAGGUAUUUCAGUAUCUUUGACAUCAGAGUUCAAUAGGCACUCAAUACAAGCCAUCCUCACAAGGUAUUUCAGUAUCUUGGACAUCAGAGUUCAAUAGACACUCAAUACAAGCCAUCCUCACAAGGUAUUUCAGUAUCUUGGACAUCAGAGUUCAAUAGACACUCAACACAAGCCAUCCUCACAAGGUAUUUCAGUAUCUUGGACCUCAGAGUUGCAGACACCCCAUCCUACCCAGCAAGGUAAGGAAUUUCAGCACAUUGGACAGCAGAGCUCCAUAGGCACUCUGUACAUCCCAGCCACAUAAGGCAUAUCAGCACCUUGGAUAGCUACCCCCAUUAGCCUCUCUUCCACCCUCUUCCACUAUGUGGAUCUGACUCAGUGCUGAAUCACAUUGAUCAUCACAACUGUGCCCAGGACUGGAUAAGUGAUCUGUAGGAGACAAGUCUUGAGACUUCUUUUUGGCUUUUCAGUCUUUUUUAGGUCAUUGCAAAGUCUGAGCAAGCAUGGAUCUCAUAAGGAGCGCAUCUUCCCUAGGACUGCAAGUACUGGUUCUUCUUGUAUGCGCUAUUGGUCCGAAUUUGGCAGAGCAAGAAGUGGAGAAUCUUUCAGGUCUAUCCACUAAUCCUGAGAAAAACAUUUUUGUCAUAAGAGAAAAUGGGACCACUUGUCUUAUGGCUGAAUUCUCAGCUAAGUUAGCUGUUCCCUAUGAAGUGCCUUCCAGCAAUGAGGUGGAUUGGGAUCUGGUGGAAGCUUACAUCCAGCUGCCCAGAGAUACUGAGAUUAGAGGGAAAUGCUGGAAUAAUGAGUCUGAACUGCAUUUAUCAUGGUUAGACAAAGCCUACACGCUGAAGUUGUUCUUUGUCAAGGACGGUCAGGACAUCACAAAGUCCACUGGACGGAGCUGGAAACUGAGCAAAGUUCAAUUUUUGUAUGAUCCCUCAGAACGUACAAAUUUCAAAACUGGAGCAAGACCUGGAAAGCACAUAGCUACUAGUCAUCAUCACCUGUCCCUCAUGGCUACACCAGGUGGGAUGUCCUAUGAAUGUGAGGCUCCAGAGAGGAUCAGCCUGAUCUCCAGUGACCAGAAGAAGACGGUGGUCUUGUUCCUGUCUGAGGUCCACAUACAGCCAUUUGACAUUAAGAGUGACUUUGUCUUCAGUGAAGAGUACAGAUGUCUGACGGAUCAGAGGAAACAGCUGGAAGAAACCUUGCCUAUUAUUUUAGGAAUAACCCUGGGACUGGCCAUUGUCAUCAUCCUCGCCGUCUACCACAUUCAUCAUAAGAUGACAGCCAAUCAAGUGCAAAUUCCUCAGGACAGAUCCCUCUACAAGCACAUGGGAUAAGAAAAGACUAAAAACAAAAAUAUAUCAAAUAAUGAGCAUCAGGUAGAAAGGCCAGAAGCACUUUGUCUUCCUGUACAUGACGUCCAUUUCCCUUUUUAUUGGUGAAGCUUUUUUUUUUUUCAUUGCGCUGGAAACCAGUAUGACGCCAUAAUAUUCCAGUGCAGACCGCGCACCAACGCCGCCGCUGUCUAUUGAUUUUCAUCCUUGAUUUUUAAAUGACCUAAAAAUGCUUCUAAUAGGUAGAUUCACAAAGAGUUAGGCCGGCUUAUCAGUAGAUAAGCCGACCUAACUCAGAAUCUACG